AUGGCCGAACUUGGAGACGCGGAAACGAUCCGCAUACUCGUCUCAACGGACAACCAUGUCGGCUACAAUGAGCGAGACCCAAUCAGGGGCGAUGAUAGCUGGAAGAGCUUCCACGAGGUGAUGUGCCUAGCGAAGGAACACGAUGUGGAUAUGGUGCUUUUAGCAGGCGAUCUCUUCCAUGAGAACAAGCCUUCGCGAAAGUCCAUGUACCAAGUAAUGCGCUCGAUUCGCAUGAACUGUCUCGGAGACAAGCCUUGCGAGUUGGAAUUGUUGAGCGAUGCCAGCGAAAACUUCCAGGGCGCCUUCAACCACGUGAACUAUGAAGACCUGGACAUCAACGUCGGUAUCCCUAUCUUUUCUAUCCACGGUAACCACGACGAUCCCUCCGGCGAGGGCCAUCUUGCCGCUCUAGACCUUUUACAGGUGUCGGGAUUACUCAAUUACUAUGGACGUACACCAGAGUCAGAUAAUAUCCAGAUCAAGCCAGUCCUACUUCAGAAAGGACGAACGAAGCUGGCACUUUACGGAAUGAGCAAUGUGCGAGAUGAGCGAUUAUUUCGCACAUUCAGAGACGGAAAGGUCAAGUUUUUCCGACCUGGCAUACAAAAGGAGGACUGGUACAACUUAAUAUGUGUCCACCAGAACCACCAUGCAUACACGGAAACUGGUUACUUACCCGAGAACUUCCUCCCUGAGUUUCUCGAUCUGGUCAUCUGGGGCCACGAGCAUGAAUGCUUGAUCAACCCGAAGAUCAACCCCGAGACGAAGUUCCGCGUUAUGCAGCCUGGCUCUUCGGUCGCCACAUCUUUAGUACCCGGCGAGGCCGUACCGAAGCAUGUCGCUAUUCUGAGUAUAACGGGAAAAGAGAUGAAAUGUGAGCCGAUCCGGCUCAGAUCUGUACGCCCGUUUGUGAUGCGGGAAAUUGUCCUCUCCGAAGAAAAAGAAGCCAAGAAGUUGGCUCGCAAGGAGAACAACCGCACCGAGGUAACCCGCUUUCUAAUGACGAUCGUGGAAGAGCUCAUCGAAGAAGCCAGAGCAGACUGGAUAGAACUACAUGGCGAACGAGACGAGGACGGUGAAGAACUAGAGGUCCCGCUACCUCUUGUGCGCCUCCGCGUGGAAACCUCUACACCAGAGGGAGGCAGCUUUGACUGUGAGAAUCCGCAACGUUUUUCGAACCGCUUCGUGGGGAAGGUUGCCAACGUCAACGACGUGGUGCAGUUUCACCGGAAGAAGAAAACCGCCAGCGCUCGGAAGAAGGACAACGAGCCGGACGAGGCAUCAUUAUCCCACCUCACAACCCUAGAUACUAUGAAAGUCGAACAGCUCGUUCGCGAGUUCCUCGCCGCGCAAUCGCUUUCUAUCCUCCCGCAAAACUCCUUCGGCGAUGCUGUCUCCCAAUUCAUCGACAAGGACGACAAGCACGCUAUGGAAAUGUUCGUGAACGAGUCUCUAGAGGGCCAAAUCAAGCACCUACUCGCCCUAGAUCGCGACGACAGUGAUGCCGAAGACGAGGGCACACAGAGCUCACUACACAAGGCGAUGGAGAAAUAUCGCACGCAAAUGGAAGAUAUGUUUUCCAGAGGCGUCAAGAAACGCACCCGCGGCAAGAAACGCUUCAAGCCGAAGCCCGACGGCUGGGACAGCGAGUUUGACGGGGUCUGGGAAGAUCAACCGGGUGCCCUCAUCCACUCCGACAACGAAGGCGGCGACCCUGCCGAAGAAGAAGCCGGCGAGGACGACACCGAACCCACAGCAGGCCGCUCAGCAGCAACCACACGAGGUCGCAGCCGUGGUCGGGGACGAGGAGGCAGAGCCGCAGCAACUACAACGACCCGCAAAACAGCAACGGCAAAAACAUCUCCGAAAUCCACGCGGAAGACUGCAACAACAACCAAGACAACGGCCGCUCGAGGCCGCGGUCGCCGCGCCGUCUCAGACGAUGAAGACGAAGAUGACGAAGACGACGUAGUGAUGCUCGACGACGACGACGAGCCGGAACCCAGUCACUCCAUUUCCGACGAAGACGAGGAGGAAUCCGACUCCCAGGCUCUCUUUGUCAAACAACCUGCCCGGAAAGCUGCAGCUUCGAAGGCAACAACGACCAAAACCGCUACAACGCAACGCACGCGUCAACCGAAACGCACCGCUGCGUCGCCCGCACCGUCGAACACUGCCAGCCAAGCAGCGACGACUUCGCGGCGCGGAAGAGGAGGGAGACAGUCUCAGCUAAUGCUGGACUUUGUCGGAUCGCAGAGUCAGCGUGGCGCCGCUGGUUCUUCCGUUGCUAGUAGCAAUACACGGUCGAUGAGACCGAAUCGCACGACGAGGAGUGUUAGUGUUCUUAGUGAGGAUAUUGAUGAUAGUGAUGGGUUUGAGCCAAUGCCUAGUAGUAAUCGGAGGAGGAGGUAG